AUGGCCAGUAAUGUGGCUCUACCUGCCGACGCGUCGUCGGCCCAACGCAGCUUGUUGUCUACCAUUUCGGAAACUGCGUUGUUAAUCUCUCCUUUCUUCUUUUGGGGCACUUCAAUGGUCGCCAUGAAGAGCGUGGUACCUCAUACCACCCCGCUUGUGCUAGGCGCACUGCGGCUGCUCCCCGCCGGUCUCGUGCUGGUGGGCUGGGCAGCAGCAUCCGGGCGGAAGCAGCCCGGAACCUUGAAGGCGUGGGCCUGGGUGUUGGCCUUCGCCCUGGUCGACGCCGCAGCCUUCCAGGGCUUCCUGGCUGAGGGUUUAACCAAGACCAGCGCUGGCCUGGGCAGCGUUAUCAUCGACUCACAGCCCCUCUCCGUAGCCGUGCUGGCGGCGGUACUGUUUGGGGAGCGGCUCAGUGGCGUGGGUGUCGGGGGCCUGCUGCUAGGUGUUGCGGGUUUGGCCAUGCUGGAGGUGCCAGGGGACAACCUCGCAGACGCGGCGCAGGCGGUGCUCAGCGGCGCCUGGCGGCCGGAGCUGCCAGGCGGUGCGGCCGGCGGACUGCUAGGCAACGGGGAGUUCUGGAUGCUGCUGGCGGCCCAGAGCAUGGCGAUCGGCACUGUUAUGGUUCGCUAUGUCACACGCCAUGUGGAUCCCAUAAUGGCCACCGGCUGGCAUAUGAUCAUCGGCGGAGCAAUACUCGCCGCGCUGGCCGCUAGCACCGCUGGAGGCGACGCCAGCGCCGUUGCAGCGCUGGAGGCGGGCUCAUCGCCACUGGCGUCGCUCGCGACACAACUCUCCCAUCUGACCCUGGAGGACGCCAUGUGCAUGUCGUACGUUUCGCUGAUGGGUGGCGCGAUGUCGUACGGCAUCUUCUUCUGGUAUGCAAGUCACGGCUCCCUGACGUCCCUCAGCAGCCUGACAUUCUUAACACCCGUCUUCGCGUCGGCGGCGGGGUACCUGGCGCUCGGCGAGGUACUGAGCCCCAUGCAGAUAUUGGGCUGCGCCGUGACGCUGUCAGCUGUGUGGUGCAUAAACCACCGUCCGCCGCAGCUGCCGCAGGCGGGUGGUAAGGCCCUCAAGUCACAAUAA